AUGCCGCCAAGUUUCAGUGGCGUGUCUUUGCAGAAACACAAGUUUACCGUGGCCAUGACGUGCGAAGGAUGUUCGGGCGCCGUCAACCGAAUUCUCAGCCGUUUGGAGGACGUCAAGUUUGAAAUCGACCUCCCCAAUCAGCUGGUCUGGAUCGAGUCGGAGAAGGACGCCGACUUUCUGCUGGAGACGCUCAAGAAGUGCGGCAAAGCCGUCACCUACCAAGGCGCUCAGUGA